AUGGAUCCCGCGGAGGAUGAAAGUGUUAAAAUGGCGCUCCGAGCUCAUGGCCAGCGUAUCAGCCACCACAAGCAAACCCUAAACGAGCUAACCACACUCGUCCGGGAGCUGCACGCUCAGCUGGCAGGUGCACCUCCCGCCGUCUCUGCCGACCACACGCCGCUCGCCGCCAGAGGCACGGACAUCGCCUUACCUUCCACUCAUUCAUCACGGGAGCCCAGCAUUCCCCAUCCAAUGUGCUAUGAAGGGGAUUUUGGACAGUGCCAGCUCUUCAUUCAUCAGUGCACCCUGGUCUUUUCACAGCAACCGCACACCUACACAACAGACGCAGCCAGGGUGGCGUACAUGCUCAGCUUACUCUCCGGCCGUGCUGCCAGCUGGGCGAUGGCGGUGUGCGACUCCAAGCCGGAGUUGUAUUCCAGCAUGCCUCUCUUUGUCACCGAACUUUGGAGUGUCUUCGAUCACCCGUUGAGAGAGCGAGAGGCAGGAAGCCGCCUUCUCGUGAUACGUCAAGGCUCUCAAAGCGGUUGGAAUGACAAGGCACUAAGAAGCGCGUACCGGGCAAGCCUCAGCUCACGCCUACAAGAUGAGCUGGCCUCCCGGGACGAGACCCAGACACUGGAGGAGCUCAUCAUGCUGGCCAUUCGCCUCGACAACCGGUUGCGGGAGCGCAGCGCUCAGCGGAGGGCGGAGCCUUUCAAACCGACACGUCAGCUCCCUCUUCCACCUCCAGGGGGCCUCCCUGAGGCAGUCGCCUUUCUUCAGCUGAGAGGAGUCGACGGCUACGUCUGCGGUUGUGCCUAUAUUGCAGGAGCGCAGCACACCUUAUCUCCCGCUGCCCGGGUUCGACCAGCCAGACAGCGCUCCUCUUACACCUGGGACAUUCCUCAACAGUUGCCAUCUGUGUCACCAACUUCUGCUGCUUCUUCGGCUGUGGUGGGCCGACUUCAGGUGGAAGACGCGUCCGACUCAGGGGUAGGGGCCGUGCUCUCCCAGCACUCCACCAUUGAUCAGAAACUGCACCCCUGCGCCUUCUUCUCCCGAUGCCUGUCCCCAGCGGAGAGGAACUAUGACAUCGGCAACCGGGAGCUCCUGGCGGUGAUACUGGCCCUUCAGGAAUGGAGACAUUGGCUGGAGGGCGCUACGCAGCCAUUUACCAUCUACACGGACCACCAGAACCUGGCUUACAUCCGCGCUGCCCACCGCUUGAACCCCCGACAGGCACGGUGGGCACUCUUCUUAACCAGAUUCAACUUCUGCAUCACCUUUCGCCCAGGUUCACGCAACGGGAAGCCCGAUGCACUAUCAAGGAUGUUUGCACCCGCAGUAGAGGAUUCCUCUCCGGAUGCCAUCCUUCCCCAGUCCCGGAUCCUGGGGGCCCUCCGAUGGGAAGUAGAAAAACGCGUCGCUGAGGCUGGCAAGGGAUUCCCUCCCCCAGCAGGUUGCCCUCCCAACCGACUGUUUGUUCCGGCGGCGCUUUGUUCCGAGGUGCUGACGUGGGCCCACGCCUCCAAGAUUGCCUGUCAUCCGGGAGCUAAGCGGACGGCCUUCCUUCUGGCCCAGCGUUUCUGGUGGCCGACCUUCCAAGCGGACACAUGAAGCUUCGUUGUGGCCUGUACCAGUUGUGCCAGGAGCAAGCCCUCUCAUCAGGCUCCUGCGGGAUUGGUCCAACCCCUCCCCAUUCCCUCCCGACCAUGGACUCAUGUCGCGGUAGACUUCGUCACUGGAUUACCUUCUUCCAGAGGAUUUACAGUCAUUCUGACGAUAGUGGACAGGUUUUCCAAAUGGACGCACUUUAUCCCCCUCCGUAAGCUUCCCUCCUCAUUGGGGACUGCCAAGCUGUUGAUCCAACACGUGGUUCGCCUUCACGGGAUUCCGCAGGACGUGGUUUCCGAUAGAGGCCCACAAUUCUCGUCAGCCGCUUAGAAAGCCUUCUGCAAGUCGCUGGGCGCCACAGCCAGUUUA